AUGGACGCUGGCACCAGGCUUAGAGACACUCUACCGCCCAUUAGUCACCUCGACUUGAGCAAGAUCAAUGGCGAAAAGCAUGACCAUUCCAGGUUCUCGAUGAUGAAUGGCCUCAGCAUCUCUACGGCGCCGCUAGUCAGUCCAACAACAACCAUGUACCCCGGCCCUCCUCCGCCAUACUCGUGCGCGCCUCCAGCCACUGGAUCUACUGCUGGACUAUCUGGGUAUAUCUCUCCUCCCGAAUCUACCACCCGACGCUCAACACGGGACGAGGGUGUUUCGCCUGCUUUGCCUAAGUCGCUGCCUUCCAUUCACGAAGCCCUCGGGAGCGACAAGCCUAUUGCCUUCCCGGGGCCGCUGCCCACCUCGUCACAACACCAGUCCCUUUCUAAUCCCUCAAAUGCGGGCCACCAGUCCUUCUCAGAAGGGCCCAAAGGCCCUUCAAACCCAUUUUCACAACCACCCACCGGUCCACCAGUCCUGAGAGAUGUUUUCUCUGGCACCCCAAGUAAUGGUCCUGCGCCAGCAGAAACUCCGAAUGCCACGCCAUCUUACCCUCCUACGACUACCGCCGAUCCACGCCAGGCGGUCUCUCAGCAUUUUGGCUAUCCUGGAUCACCACGCUCGAACCCGGCAAACACCUUCCGGUCCUCAUCGCUCGCGAAUACCUCAUUCAACAACCACAACGAUCAUCCGCCGGCCACCUCCCCUCAGUCCUUUGAGCCUUCACGACAGCCUCAAUCUUUCUUGCCAUAUGGCGCCAACGCCACGCCCUCAGCCGCACCCGCUUCACAUGAGUCCUUUCACAAAUUCUCCGCAGUACCCAAGCCCUCCGAUCCUCGAGCAACGUAUCAGAAGGCCGCAAACGAUGUCCAAUAUAGCGAGACCGUCAAAAGACAUCUGGAUGUGUACGAUGCUGAGUUAGGCUUCAAUGAAAUCAGUGAGGCUUGUGCCCGUACCCUUGACUUCUCACGCACGUGGGCUCUCCGCUACCAUCAAGGAAGCCGCUCGGGCUACUUUCACGAGUCACUGCCUGGGCUGCCUGAGGUUGACGAGAUCCUGCGACACUCACAUCGUAUCCUGGAAAACAUGACCCAUCUGCGGGAAUUAGUUGUUGCCCAACAAACUGCCUUGUCAGAACAGCGUGCUCGGCAAACAAGCCGCAACCAUCCCGAAGACGAAUACGCUGUUCUGUCGGAAGAGUUUCGGGGCGGAGGAUUUACGGGAGCCGAUGCUAAGAAACGUCGUGGGAAGGCUGCACCGCCGGGCCGAUGCCACAGUUGUAACCGUGCCGAGACACCGGAAUGGAGGCGAGGUCCUGAUGGUGCUCGCACAUUGUGCAAUGCGUGUGGCUUACACUACGCGAAACUGACACGGAAGAUGGGUCACAACAAGGCUGCAGCCCUGGCUGGUUCGACUCUGCGGCCGAAAAAUCUCGAUUCCACAAGGCCAUGA